AUGUGGACUACUCUGGAGCGCGGAUGCUGGGGGGUCUGCUGCUUGUCCCUGCUGGCGACUGUAGUCUGCGGGGCGCAAAGCGCCAAUGAGCCCAGCAACAUGUCAUACGUGAAAGCCACCGUGGACAAGCUGCUGAAGGGCUAUGACAUCCGUCUGCGGCCUGAUUUUGGAGGCGCCCCCGUGGACGUUGGCAUGAGCAUAGACAUCGCCAGCAUUGACAUGGUGUCUGAAGUCAACAUGGACUACACCAUCACCAUGUACUUCCAGCAGUCCUGGAGAGACAAGCGCCUCUCCUACACCGGCAUUCCUCUCAAUCUCACCCUGGAUAACCGGGUAGCAGACCAACUGUGGGUCCCCGACACCUACUUCAUUAAUGACAAGAAGUCCUUCGUCCACGGGGUGACGGUAAAGAACCGGAUGAUCCGACUGCACCCUGAUGGGACUGUGCUCUAUGGCCUCAGGAUCACCACGACAGCUGCCUGCAUGAUGGACCUGCGCAGAUACCCACUAGAUGAGCAGAACUGCACCUUGGAGAUAGAAAGUUAUGGAUACACCACUGAUGACAUCGAAUUCUACUGGCAAGGAGGAAGCAACACGGGUUCAGUCACUGGCGUGGAGAACAUAGAACUGCCCCAGUUCUCCAUCAUAGACUACCAAACCCUCUCCAAGAAAGCUGUAUUUGCCACAGGCUCUUAUCCACGUCUGUCCCUGAGCUUUAAGCUGAAGAGGAACAUUGGCUAUUUCAUCCUGCAAACCUAUAUGCCCUCCACCCUGAUCACCAUCCUUUCCUGGGUCUCCUUCUGGAUCAACUAUGAUGCCUCUGCUGCCAGAGUAGCAUUGGGUAUAACCACGGUGCUGACCAUGACCACCAUCAAUACCCACCUUAGGGAGACUCUACCCAAGAUCCCCUACGUCAAAGCCAUUGACAUUUACCUCAUGGGUUGCUUUGUCUUUGUCUUCCUGGCCUUGCUGGAGUAUGCUUUUGUCAACUACAUCUUCUUCGGUCGAGGUCCUCACCUGCAGAAGAAGGUUGCAGAAAAGGCUGCCAAGUCUAACAAUGAGAAUAAGAGCAGACUAGAGAGCAACAAAGUACAGGUUGACGCUCAUGGUAACAUCCUCCUGACCAACCUAACCAGUGAGAUGGGUGGAGCAGACAUGAUGGGCGCUCUCAACGAUCCUCGGGCUACCAUGUUCUCUUACGACAGUGCCAGCAUACAGUACCGCAAGCCCAUGACCAGCCGAGACCUGUACGGACGACCGGCCAUUGACAGGCCAAUGGGCCACAAGAAGGGUCGCUUGCGGAGGAGGGCCUCGCAGCUCAAAGUCAAGAUCCCCGACCUCACGGACGUCAACGCCAUAGACAAGUGGUCCCGUGUCGUCUUCCCAAUCGCGUUCACCUUCUUCAACCUGGUCUACUGGCUUUACUAUGUCCAUUAGGGUGGCAGUAGCGAGCCUCUGUGGCAGCAUCACUGCUAAUGAUUUGAUAGAAAAGCUACCUAGGUCUU